GACGACUGGCUGGCCGCGCGGGUCUCACUAUUCUCACUCCAUCCGCGCAGCCAAUGACUGGCGCCGCUAGGGCUUCGUUGACUUGAGUCACACGCUGCCGGGCCUUAGCACGGACCAAUCACUGCACGGCGAAGGCAGGGCGGGAGUGGGGCGGACCAAUUACGACAGGCGAGCCGGGGCCCGGCCUCCGGGCCCUGCCCCUGAGCCGGCAGAGGUAGUGAGGAGGCCGCUGCACCUGCCAGGACUUGCGCUUAGACCGCUGUCUGUCGCGGGGACGCCAGUGUUUUGCCUACAUCUCUGUUCGUGGAAGCUUGGUACCCUUGGUGUGAGAAGAAGGCAUCAGAUCCCUUGGAACUGGAGUUCUGUAUGGUGUGUGCAACCAUGUGGGUGCUGGGAACUGAAUCUAGGCCCUCUGCAGCAAGAGCAACAAGUGCUCCUCACUGCUGACCCAGUCUCCAGUCCCAUGCAGGUAUUUUUAGAAUGAAGAAAGUGGGCUUCCUGCGAACAUGAAGGACACGAAAUGAAAAAGGAUAAAGGAGAGCCAUGUCCUUGGAAUAAAAGGUCCCUCGCAGAGAUUUGAAAAUGGCCACAAACAAAAGUGUUGGCGUGUUCAGCUCUGCAUCCCUGGCUGUGGAGUAUGUGGACUCACUGUUGCCGGAGAAUCCUCUGCAGGAGCCCUUUAAGAAUGCUUGGGUCUACAUGUUGGACAACUAUACAAAGUUCCAGAUCGCAACCUGGGGCUCCCUGAUAGUUCACGAAGCCAUCUAUUUCUUGUUCUCUUUACCUGGAUUCCUAUUCCAGUUUAUACCUUACAUGAGAAAGUACAAGAUUCAAAAGGAUAAACCAGAAACCUUCGAAGGCCAGUGGAAGUGUUUGAAAAAAAUUCUAUUUAAUCAUUUUUUUAUCCAGUUGCCUCUGAUUUGUGGAACAUACUAUUUUACAGAGUUUUUCAAUAUUCCUUAUGAUUGGGAAAGAAUGCCAAGAUGGUACUUAACUUUGGCAAGGUGUUUGGGCUGUGCAGUCAUUGAGGACACCUGGCAUUAUUUCCUGCACAGACUCCUUCACCACAAGAGAAUUUAUAAAUACAUUCAUAAAGUCCAUCACGAGUUUCAGGCUCCAUUUGGAAUCGAAGCAGAAUACGCACAUCCCUUGGAAACCCUGAUUCUUGGGACAGGAUUUUUCAUCGGAAUUGUGCUUUUGUGUGAUCACGUAAUUCUCCUGUGGGCAUGGGUGACCAUACGUUUGCUGGAAACCAUCGAUGUGCACAGCGGUUAUGAUAUUCCUCUCAACCCGCUGAACUUGGUUCCUUUUUAUACGGGCGCUCGGCACCAUGAUUUCCACCACAUGAACUUCAUUGGGAAUUAUGCCUCCACCUUCACGUGGUGGGAUAAACUCUUUGGGACAGAUGCCCAGUAUCAUGCCUACAUUGAAAAAUCGAAGAAGCUUGGGAAAAAGUCUGAUUGAGCACCCCCACUCGACGCCUUCCUCAACUGCAGCUGGCCACUAACACUGCUUCUGGGGACUUGGCUGCCAAGUGAUAAAAACGUUAACGACCUUUAAGUACUCUUCCAGAUGAGAGCUCUUCUACCUUACGUCCAAGAUCUGUAUAUGUGGGAACAAAUAAGUAAAUAUAUAUACAUAUAUAUAUAUUUAAGUACAGUUUUCAUCAGGAGGUUUUAAAGGCCAUAUUGCUAACCUCACCAAAAGGUUUCGGGAACUGGAGGAAGUAUUAAUGUACAACUCACCACUUCAUGCCAUAGGAGGCUGAAGUUGACGUUGCCUUUUAAGCCUUUUACAUACACUGGUCAGUUCGGAAAAUUCUCAACAAUAAUGUUUGCCUUCUAGUUUAAGACAUGGUGUAUUUUAGAAAUUACCUGAAGUGAAGCUAUCACGAAGUGAGUGUAUCACCUGGUGAGCGAGUGACUGAAACCUGCUCUGGUCUGGGUUUGACCAGGUUAGGACUAUUCUUUCUGUGAAGGAUUGUUUGAUUGUAGUAACUCUAUUGGCAUCUUGUAAAUUGGCUCAUUUCCUACGUGAUGUACAUAGAAUAUUAUAGCCUAAAGAUUUUCCAGUUACUUGCGGUCUUUUUAAAUUGAGGAGCCCCACUUCCACUGUCCACCCCUUGUCUUUGUGUGUCAGGUGAUCAUUGAAAUCGUAUCUUGAGCUUGAAUUCACUUCUCUGUCUGUUUCCGGAGCUGGUGAAAUAAAUGUGAUUUUUGUCCGAUCCUUCUGGUUUUCAUGAAGAUUAGCUGCCAUGUUUUAUUCUUAUAAGGAAAAGCACAGAGAUCAUUAAAGUAAGUUUUACAAUAAA